UUGAGUGUGACAGAAGCAAGCAGGCAAAACCGCUAGAUUUUGGGAAUUACACAGGAGCCGAUCAAGAGCGGCGCACUUCUUCUCCCGACAAAGUUUUUUUUUUUUCCUCCUCUCACUUCAUUUUUUUUUCUUCUUCCUCAGCGAAACCUCUGUUGCGCGCGAGAGUCCGGAGCGCGCAAAGAUCUGGGGAAAAAAAAAAACUGAGGGAAACUUUUAGGAACAGCGAAGCAACUUUCCAAAGUUAGAGAUUGUAGAUUCCUUCUUGACUUCCUCGUGUGAAUGACAGCGCGCGUGCGGAUGUGGCCGGUCUGGAGUAACUUCGGGACGGAGAGAUAACGGAACUCUGGACACUCCCAGCCGUCCGCAGAGAUGUGGCCAAAACCCACUCAGGUAAUUUAGACAAGCGCAAACCUUUCGAGGCUACUUCUUUUUUUUUUUUUUUUUUUGUAAGCGUCUUGGAUGGACACGCACAAGCGCGCGCAUCCAUUUUUGGAUUUAUUAUCCUUUUUUUUCUGGAGUUGUACUGUCAUGACAUAACGGGACACUUGGAAAAGCUGAAUAUCCCUGGAAUGACCGGCUGACGCCUGUUCAUCUCCGCUGAGCCGAGGAUCUGGAACUUCACCCCCUGAAAGCUCACUCCCGUCUCGUGCCGGCCUCCUCACCCCCCCUCUGAGAGCUGGAUGGUGGAGAUAUGGGAUGACUGGAGGCGGGGGUGCAGCUGAGGUGAGAUCCAGCCGAAGGACAAUGUUUGCGCCCGGCGUCGGCAUCCCUCCGCUGCCGGGGCGCCUGGUACUGAUGCUGCUGCUGUCGGUGGCCUCGGAGCCCGGCCUGUCGCGGGCCUGCCCCGGGCUGCUCGCCUCCACCAGCGGCUGCAGCUGCACGGACGAGCGCUCCAAGGGGCACGGCGUCCAGGCCGUGGGGAGGAGGGUGAGCUGCAGCAAGGAGGACAUGACCGACAUCCCCGAGGCCAGCCUGCUGCCCAACAGGACGAUCACCCUGAUACUGAGUCACAACAAAAUCCAAGUUCUCAAAAAUGGAUCCUUCUUUGGACUUUAUGCUCUGGAAAAACUGGACCUCAAACACAAUCUAAUCAGCACCAUCAGGCCCGGAGCCUUCCGAGGUCUGUCUGAGCUUCGGAAACUCGACCUUUCCAACAACCGCAUUGGCUGUUUGUCCGCACACACGUUCCAGGGCCUGACCAAUCUCACUAAACUAAACCUUUCUGGGAACAUCAUAUCAACCGUGGAUCCAGGGGUUUUCGAGGAACUGCCGUCCCUGAAGCUCGUGAACUUUAACUCAGAGUACCUGUCGUGCGACUGUGGAUUGCGAUGGGUCCCGGAUUUCUUCAGCAGCAGCUCAGCGCGACUGGGAGAGGAAACCCUGUGUGCCUACCCCAGGAGUCUGAGGGGAAAGCCCCUGCGCGGGCUCCGAAAAAGCCAGCUGAGCUGUGACGUCCCUCUGGAGCUGCACACUCUGUCGCUGCUGCCGUCCCAGCGUCAGGUGGUCUUCAGGGGUGAUCGGUUGCCCUUCCAGUGCACCGCCGCCCUGGUGGACAACAGCACCACCCUGCACUGGCGUCACAAUGGUCAGCUGGUGACCUCGGAUCCAGAAACGGGUGUCCAGCUGGAGGACAGUCUGGUGCACGACUGCACCUUUAUCACCAGCGAGCUCAUUCUGCUGAACGUGCACGUGGAGGCCAGUGGAGAGUGGGAGUGUGUGGUUUCCACCGGGAGGGGCAAUGCCUCCUGCACCGUUGAAAUAGUGGUGCUGGAGAACAGUGUCUCCUUCUGUCCAGAAGAUAAAGUUGUCAACAACCGUGGGGAGUUCAGGUGGCCAAGAACCGUGGCAGGCAUCACCACCCAUCAUCACUGCCUGCCGCAGCGCUACACCUCAGUGCCUGUAGAGGGAGGGAUGGAGCAGAAAACGGCCUCCCGAUACUGUGACCGCUCUGGAAAGUGGCAGGACGGGGACUACUCCAACUGCCACUACACCAACGGCAUCACCCGAGUCCUGCACACCUUCAUCCUGAGACCCAUCAAUGCGUCCAAUGCCGUCACUGUGGCGCAUCAAGUGCGUACGUACACGAUGGAGAGCACAGGCUUCACCGAUUCAGUAGAUGUGAUGUAUGUGGCGCAAAUUAUGGAGAGAUUCAUGGAAUAUGUCCGACAGCUGAGGGAGUUGUCGGAGGUGAUGGUGGAGAUGGGCAGUAACCUGAUGCAGGUGGACAGUCAGAUUCUCGCUCUUGCUCAGAGAGAGAAGAGAGCCUGUAGCUCCAUCGUCUACUCUCUGGAGACCUUAGCCUGGCCUCAGCUCCACAGUCAUGCUCAGGACUUCUCCAUGGUGUCUAAAAACAUUGUGAUGGAGGCUCAUCUCAUCCGACCGGCGCACUUCACCGGUAUAACCUGCACGGCGUAUCAGCGCCGUGAUGUGCCCACGAGCACUCUGGGAAUCGACGUGCCAGAACCCGUCCAUGAGCAGCAGCUCCAUUUCCGCUGCAGCACCGGUUCCCACAACACCUCUCUCAGCAAGUUUCCACUGAAGAAUUCUGUAGCUCUGGCUUCGGUGACUCUUCCCGCUUCUCUGUUUCCUCCCGAUGCUUCAGCAGAUUGUAAACUCCAGUUUGUAGCUUUUCGAACUGGCAGCUUUUUCCCUCUGUCUGGAAACUCCAGCAACACUGAGCACUCCCGCAGACGCAGCGUGAACACUCCUGUCAUUUUUGUGGGCCUCGACGGGUGCAACAUGUGGAACAACUCGGAGGCCAUCUGGGUGUCGCUGCGCCACUUGUCACCCGGUACUGACGCCGUGGCGGCCCAGUGGAGCCUGAGGGGGCCGGAGAAGCAGGGCGGCUGGAGCCAGGAGGGCUGCCGGCUGGUCUACAGUGACAGCAGCACGUCCACCAUGCGCUGCUCCGUGCUCGGAAACUACGCUGUGCUGCAGGAGGUGCCUGAGUUCCCCAACUCCAGUCCCAUCCCUGUCAGGGUGCUCCACCCUGUGGUGUAUGCCUGCACUGCAGUGCUCCUCCUUUGCCUCUUCACCAUCAUCAUCACUCACAUUCUUCACCACAGUUCGAUUCACAUAUCCAGAAAAAGUUGGCACACGUUGUUGAAUACGUGCUUCCACAUCGCCAUGACAACAGCGAUCUAUGCAGGUGGCAUAAGCUUAACCAGCUACCCGGUGGUUUGUCAGGCUGUGGGCAUCGCCCUGCACUACUCCUCCCUCUCGACCCUGCUGUGGAUCGGAGUCAGCGCCAGGGUCAUUUACAAGGAGGCCGUGUGGAGAACGCCCCGGGUCCCAGAAGGAGAGUCUCCUGCUCCACCUACUCAGCGACCUAUGCUCAGGUUCUAUCUGAUAGCCGAUGGAGUUCCUCUUAUUAUUUGUGGGAUCACUGCAGCUGUCAAUGUCAACAACUAUGGAGACAACAGUCCAUACUGCUGGUUGGUCUGGCGCUCCAGCCUGGGCUCUUUCUUUGUCCCCGCUGGCCUCGUGGUGUUGGUGACCUGGAUCUACUUCCUGUGCGCUGUAUUUCGCCUGAGGCACCGUGUGGCCAAAGAAUGCACAGGAACCACCCAGUCCUCUCCCGGGACCGACGGCCAUCCCGCGAUGACAGGAAGCACCAGCCUGCUCUCCACAGACUCUGCGGUGGGACCUCUGAACCCCAUUAUUCCUCCAGAGGACCAGUACUCUCUGAAGACUCAGUUCUCUGUGCUGGUGGCCACCCACUUCCUGUUUGUGGUUCUGUGGUCUUGUGCGGCCAUGGCGGUGUGGCUGACAGGUCACAUCAGCCUGCUGUUCAGCUGUCUUUAUGGGAUGGCCGCCACCAUCUUGGGGAUUUUUCUGGUGGUCCAUCACUGCUUCCGCCGUGCGGACGUGCAGGCGUCGUGGCUCGCCUGUUGCCCAGGCUAUCGCCGCUCCCACCCCAUGUCUACUUACACACACACCUGCACGACUGUGAGCGGAGUGCAUACGUCUGAACAGGGGUCCCAGCUGUUCAUCAACUGCCACCCGCCGGGCGACUCUCACAACUCGUCGUCGGCUCGGUCGUCGUCCACGCCCAGCGGGGUCAGCAGCGUGGGGCCGGGGCCCUGCAAGCUCACCAACCUGCUGCAGGUGGCACAAGACAAUUCCAACCACACCUCUCGAAUCCCGACGGGCAACAACACCAGCACGAGCACUGACAACGUCACCAAGCCAACAAACAAUACUCUGCCUGCCAAUAACUGUGCUGCAGCCCCCGUGCAUCCCCAGAGGAGGAAAGUGAGCAGCAGAACUAAACCAGGGAGUAGUCAGUAUUAUCAUCGGGGCGAGGGCAGAGGUCACUAUCGGCUCAAAGCCCUCAGGACUGCAGGAGGUGGGGGCAGUCUCGGGGCUUUGGGGCCCACGGGGUUAGAGCACCUCAGCUCGUCACAUGCUGUUUACAAACAGGCCACGAGUGAGAACGGCAGCGUCCACCACAGCCUGUCGGAGAACCAGGCCAGCCCCCUGAGCAACGGAAAGCGGGUGGGCGAGUCGGUCGCCACCAGCCCCUCAGAGGGAAGCGACGGGGGCAGCAGUGGGAGCCGCAAGCCCUUCCCUCUGCUGCCGUCUGCGGCCAGCAGAGCCGCCGUGCACGGCGCUCAGAGACGCUGUGCCAGCAGAGACAAUUUGAAACUGGCGGCGGCGGCGGCGGCGGCGGCGGCGGCGUCUGACCGUGAAAGCAAGCGCUGCUCCUACCCGCUGAACAGCGUCACCACCACCGUGCCGGGGGCCGCCACCACGAACGGCACUCUGAAGAACUCCGUGCUGGAGCUGGAGCAGGACAUGAGUGGCACGGACCAAUCCCACAGCUCUGUGGGAAUGAAGAGCGGCUUGUGGAAAAGUGAAACCACAGUGUAACGCUUACUUCCAUGUGAACACCUAUGCAUGACCUUAAUGAACUCUUACAUGACUUGGUUAUGUUUCAAUGGUCUCCUGAUUAUUCUAUAAUUUAAGAUGUAAUUUCAUGAAGGCUUCCAGGACCCUAAACUGGUACUUUUGCCUCUGUAGCAUCGUAAGAGUUUGCUGUGAAAUGGUAAAAAAAAAAAAUGAGGCAGGUUUUAUUUUUUUGUCAUUUUCAAACAUAGGACACACAUUUAUUUUAUUCACUUUUCAAAAAAAAAAAAAUGUUCAGGAUGAUUCUGAAAUUGGCAUAUGAUGUUGAUUUUGGAUAUGUAAUGAAAGCUUUAUUGUUUUAGUUGACUUUUUUCUAUGCAUAUCAACUAUAGCAUGAAAUAGAAUACGGGGCGUUCUAUUUCCAAAGUACAGCUAUAUGCAUUUAUUCUGUGGACAACCUUUCACCUUCGUGUUUGUUUUGUUUGUGGGCUCAUGUAUGCACUUAUAUGUUGUGCGUGUGUGCGUGUGCGUGUGUGUGUGUGUGUAUGUGCGUGUGUGUGUGUGCACAGAUGGAAAAGAUUUGCUAGUGUGGCUGUACAGAAGCUCAGAGUGCAUUAAAAACGCAAUGCGAUU